AUGGAGGAGAGUCAAGCAUGCGUAGCUGGCAAAUGCGCGCUCGAGUUCAUGCGGCUGAUCCAGGAGCGGGCUGGAAAGGCACGGGCGAUUAACCGCCGUCCGGAGAAGCGGACGACUACCACGCCGCAGACGUGGGAGGUGGCCGACCUGCGCCGGAGGCUUCAGGAAUCGUAUCGCGAGGGGCCUCCCAGAGUCAUCCAGGCAGACGGGGCCGUCCGCGUCCGCCAGUGGCGCCAGGGAACGGACUGGCGCCGACCAGGAGCGGAUGCGUGGGUGGACCUACGCAACAGCCUUAUUGAAUCGAUGCCCGCGGAGGAGGAGGAACAGGAGGAGGCGAACAAGGAAAAUGAACAGUCCGGGGAGGAACAAGAGAAGUGUUGGGGGUCGUCGAAGGAGCUGCAGGCGGGGAAGGGGCAGGAGGCGGGGAAGGGGCAGGAGGAAGGGGUGGCGGAGCAGGGGGUGGCGGAACUAGGGGUGGCGGAGCCUGUGCAUAUGGCGGGUUUUGAGAAGGCGGUAGAUGAAUGGGAGGGGGGUGGCAUGCGGUUGAGGAAAUGGAAAGAAGAACAAAAUUGCAAAGCCGUACAUGAGUUUGAGGGCGACGGAGCAGAGGGCGGCGGAGCAGAGGGCGGCGGAGCAGAGGGCGGCGGAGCAGAGGGCGGCAGAGCAGGGGGCGGUGGAGCAGGGGGCGGCGGAGCAGGGGACGGCGGAGCAGGGGGCGGCGGAGCAGGGGGCGGCGGAACAAGGGGUGGCGGAGCAGGGGGCGGCGGAACAAGGGGUGGCGGAGCCUGUGCAGAUGGCGGGGUUUGGGGAGGCGGUAGAUCGAGCUAUGCUGAACCAGUGUCGUUUUCCUCCUCAUCCGAAGGAGACAUGGGUAGCGGCAGGCGGAGAGGGAAAAAGAGAGGGGGACGAGGAGGGAGGGGAAAAGAGAGAGGGAGGGGGGGAGGAAGCAGCAGUAGGAGAGGGAGGAGAAAAAGGGAACAAGGAUUUCCUAAUGUUAACUACUACCUAGAUCCUGGGGUUUGGAAAGUUGAAGUGAAGACCAAAGGGUUACCAGUGUAUGGCGGCAUGUUCCCCACGCCACAGCAAGGCGCGGUCUGGGCGGCCAUCACGAGAGUGCUGCACACGCCCACACCCACUACACAGCAGAAGGGGUACAUGUUUUACUCUGCAUCCAAGUUCGUGCAGAGGUCUGAGAUUCAGGUGGUGGAGGACAACAGGGAAGUCUUGAUGCGGUGGUGGCGUGAGGUAGUGGCUGACGAGUACGGUGAUGACCGCAGAGCGGCUUGGCAACGCGGUCAAGAUGCGGCGGAGCUGGCACGGAGAGCAGCAGCAGCAGCAGCAGCAGGGCCGUCCAGUGGCCCGGCAUGA